UAUCACUUCUUUGCAGCUCCAUUUAACGCUUUAACUUGUUUUUCUUAAUUUCUUUGAGUUGUUUGUGAGCGCUUUGGAGUUUCGGUGCGCCGUUACUGCUGAGAAGCCAGCGCUGAUCGCCGAUCGUUUGUUUGUCCCGUAUGAUUCCCAGUCUGCUGUUUUAGUUUGUUAAGUGACUUUAUUGGAAACGGUCGGGAUUUGUGUCGGAUUUCUAAACGGCGCUUGCAGCUGUCGUCGAUUUAAAAAUAAAGCAAAAAGCAUAAAUGAAAGAUGCGAUACAAUUAAAUGAAAAAAGAAAUGCAUUUCCGUUGCCAGAGUGCGCGUUGGACAUUCAAACGUGUGUUGACAUGUACUCGUGAUGAUCCAUCAAUUAAAUCUGUUAUAAAAUGUAAAUGCAUAUACAAAAGCCGCUAAUAAACAAUAAAGUCGAUACCUGUGCUCACCUUGCUUAUGCCAAAACGUUUACAAUAAUAUAAUAAAUAUGUAUGGGUGUGGAAACGAAAAUAUGAAUUCAAAAGGGAACUCAACACGCUGAUAACGCGCUUAUCAAAUGAAAACAAACACGAAAUGGCUGCGAUAACGCUGUUAUCUGUGUUUUCUCUAAAAUACUUUUACCUGCUCAUAUACGAACGCUACAAAAUAUUGUUGCCUCAAAGAGGUAGUUCUUUAAAUUGAGAGAAGAGAAAACCUUUCGGUGAUUGCUAAACGUUGGUCGGUGAAACUGCUCGCCAGUGAAGAAGAAACGCGAGGAUGAACAGUAUUGAAAUUUUAUUAACAAAGUUAAAUUCUUAAAAAUACAAAAAAUAACAACAAAACCGAGUACACACCUAAGAAAAUAUUUAAGAAAGUGAUAAUAUUUGUGAAUACAGUGUUCUAAAAGUGGAUUUAUUGAAAGAAUAUUGUGUGAUAUUAUGAAUUGUAUUAACAACAAAAUUAUUCAGUUGCAUUGAGAAUCUACAAACUAAACUCACAAAGUAUUCAAAAUGGAUUAUAAAUUUGUGUUACUGUUAGUCUAUUUCGGGGCUGUAUUGGUGCUUUCUUCGGCACAGCACGAGAAUAUACCCUACGAGGACGUGAAAGAUAUUUGUGAGAAGUGUGUGUGCUUAACGGCACAUGACAGUGAUAAACGCUACCAUCAUUUAUUAAGUUGUACUUCCAACAGAUUCAAGCACAUAUUAGCACGUUGGCCGACCGAGUUCGGAAAGAACCACGACAAUGUAGACAUUGUGGCGACUUUCUCGUACAACGAAAUCGAACUACUGCAGCAAUUGCCAGCCACAGAUGCUCAACUCACCUUUUCGUGUCGUCAUUGUGGAAUCAAGGAUCUGCAAGAGCCCACAUUCAUUGACGUACCUAACAUACGGCGCUUAGACUUGAGUUGGAAUGAAAUCACCAGCGAAGUGCUGACACCUGGUGUAUUUCGUGGUCCAUUUCAAGUAACGCAUUACGAACCCAUAGAGUUAGUGGACCUAGAUUUGAGCCAUAAUAAAUUACAUCAGCUAGACAAAAAAGUAUUCGAACACACACCAAAUUUAACCAAAUUAAAUUUGAGUUACAACGAUUUGAAGGUGCUGAACGAGCCAACCGUUUUGGCAUUGACAUCGGUGACCGGAUUGCAGGAACUUGAUUUAUCACAUACGGCUAUUAAGUCAGUGUCGAUGUCUAUUUUCAAAUCGUUAGUGAGUUUGCGUAUUUUGAAUUUAGCUGGUAACGAGCUGACCAGCGUGCCCGAUAAGCUGCAAUUGAUCGGCAGAAGUUUAAUUUCACUGAAUUUGGCACAAAAUCCCAUUGAGCGUUUUACUGAGGAGAGUUUUACUGGUUUGACGUCUUUACAGAAUCUGAAUAUAAGUUAUAUGCCGGUUUUGAAGACAAUCGGAAAAGACAUAUUCACACGCUUAGAAAAUUUGAGACGUUUGGACUGUGCAUAUAAUCCAAAAUUGACAGAAUUCGAUAUGGAAAGCAUAUUGCAUAGCAGUAAUCUAACUGAUCUUGACAUUUCUCAUUGCGCACUGACAACAAUUUCGCUCUUGGUGAAUGUAACGGAUAAGUCAAAAACAAACAUCAGCACUCUUGCCAGACCUUGGGCCCAUUUGCAUACAUUUGAAAUUUCUGGCAAUCCUUGGUAUUGUAACUGCAGCCUCAUGCAGACAUUGGAAUACAUAGGCGCACAACAAAGCAAUGAGGAGACGCCAGCGCGUUGUGAUACACCCUACUUUCUCGCAGGCAAUAUAAUACCUAAUUUGUCCUCGAAGGAGAUAUGUAAUUUAAAAAUAUCCAAAAAGAUUGUAAUCGAAGAAGAUGAGCCGCCGAAGUUCUUGCGAAAACGCUACAUUAUAUUGACGCUCAUCACUGCGGCUGUGGUGGUAUCGAUUGGCGUGAUGCUUGGCUUUGUAAUUGCAGGUAUACGUCGGAGAUUGAAGCGCAAUGAUUUCGGUAUUGAACCAAUACGUUAUACUAGUGUGAGAAGCAGUAACUUAUCGGCCUUCUCCAACGGGAAUACCAAUUCCAUUGUUGUCAAAGAAAAUGGUGCGGCCAAUGCCAAUGUUUAAUUACUGUUAUGAUUGUAAAGGCACACAUUUGUACAUAAAUUUUAAUAAUUUAUGCAACUACCUUCCUAUUACUUAUUAUUAUUAUUAUUGUUUAUUAUAAUAUUUAUAUGUGUAUGUACAUAGACAUUUACGAUAGUUCGAUUUGUUUAAUAAUGUAAAUUAUUACACUUUUUUAAUAAUUUAGUGAUAAAUUCAUCCACUAAUGUCUUUUAUAUGUUGCCUACUUUUCAGCUGACUAAAAUAGUAGGAUUUUUUACCAAAGAUGUUUGUAUGUAUGUAGUUCGUAUGUACAGUAAACCUAUAGCGCAUAACAAUUUAAAACUAUCUUUUGAUCGUUUUUGAAAAUUAAUAUGUAUUUAUUAUGUAUAAUUAUAUUUGACACACCCACACGCAUAGGAGAAGUUGCCAUUUGUAAAAUAUUCUGUUGACUGUCUACUUAAAUAUUAACAAGUAUUAAGAAACACAUAUCUUCAUUUUUAAAAUAAUUUGCAGUGAUCAUUAAAAAUAAAGAAAAUAA